UCGAAAUUCUAAUCUACCUUUUAAAAGUAAGUCUAAUUCUGCUCGGCUUAAAAUAUACAUAAAUUUAAAGCCUGGAAAAGGGGAGAAAAGAUGCCACGCAAACAGAGAAGUGCUUCGGUCAAAGCAGGCUCUACAAACUAUAUGCCUGCGGUGGUGCCCACCGUCACGAAUUCCGAAAUGGUCUUCAAGGAAGCGGCUGCCCACGCAGUGGGCGUGGCAGCAGGAUCAGUCGUGGGUCAUGCCAUCGGAUCAGGAAUAACGGGGCUAUUCAGGCGGCGUGACCAGCAGCCGCACCACAGCGAUUUAGUCGAAGAAGGUCCUUGCGCCAAGGAAAUGAAGGAGUUCUUGAAGUGCACCGAGGACAAUGACGAUCUCAGUGUGUGCAAGGAGUUCAACGAUGCUGUGCGACGAUGCCACCGCCAGUACAAUAUUUAGGAAGCUAGAAAGGGGAAGGGAUUUUAAUUUGUCAAAUUAUAAGACGUUAAUGCGCAGCCUUACAAGUAACUCGCAAUAAAAUUUUAGUUACUAG